CAGCCCCCGUAUCAAAUCAUGUCCCGACACUUUACGCAGACUAGGAGGCGAUGGAGAUGUCAAGAGACAGACACGCGUUCGGUGCCGUCUGCCACAACCAAAUGACCCAUGAACACGGGAGGAGAGCUGCCGUCAACACAAAGGUAUGACAUCUCGUUAUAGUGAUAUACGCACAUAAAAUCAUCUGCACAGUUGAAAAAAACGACUUAAAAUAAAUGCUUUCCUAUGCCUGCAGCAUAAAGCGCUGGUGCCACGGAGCAGCAGUCCGGUCACCGUGUACGUCGAGCUCCCCUGCGUCAUUGAACAAGGUGCGCGACAAUGUCAGUGACAGUGUUGUUGAACUGCAUGCACUUAAAAACAAACAAACAAAAACCUUAUGAGGGUUUGAAUCAUGUGGUUACAUCAUUUAAAAAAAAAAUGUUUGUGUGCAUUACAGCCUUUUCAACAAUUGCUUGGGAUGGUUUGGAGGACUGCGCCUCUGCAGCGCGGAGGGAGGGCGAUUCCCUCGGCUCUCAGGUGAGGGGAACACAACUGAGAUCUGGUGGCAGACCUCAGGUCCUGCAUCAGCUGUUAAUGUUUGACACGGUGUGCUGGAAUCCUCCUGCUCCGAAUGGGCGAUGACACGCAGGCUACAGCUAAUUGGCUGGACCUCACGAGUUUUUGUCCACAAAACUGCCUUUUUCUUUGGCACCGGUCACCGUGCGCUCAUUACGCAUUAGGCUUCUGCACACACGGCACUGAAAUGACCACCAGGACAUGUUCUGCCUUACAGUCACAUUUCCCUGCUUGGUGGGAUUUUCAGGUUAGAGCUGUUGAUGUCUCUCCGUCUACUGGUUAUUUCCAAAUGUAUCAAUCAAGUGAGUUAACGGUCUGUUUUGUUUGUCCACAGGUGAAUGAAUCUGAUGCAGAUGACCAAGACUUUGGAGAUUAUGCUCUGGAUUUCAUGGCAGAUUCUCCUACCACACUGGAGAGCAGCCUGUCUCCGGCUGAGCUGAUACCGUUUCAGGGAUGCGUCAUACCUCCCCUCACCCCCCGGCCGGAGUUCUCUGCUGAGGAAAGUCCUAUUAUUAACUCUUUCGCACAAGCCGCCCACCCACCUGCCGAGGACGGAGCUCUCUGGAAGGGCAUCGCCCAGUGUCAGGGCAUGGAGUUGGGACACUCUGUGGAAGUAAACAAUCAGCUACACGAGGCUCUUCACAGACGACAGGAAGAGAUCAACUCCCUUCAGAACAGAAACCUUCACCUCAGGCAGCUGGCCAGUCGAGCAAAGCACCUGGCCUCAGUGCUGGAGAAACUGAUGACAGUCAGAGACCCACAUGAAAGAGAACCGGUGCCGUCCUGUGGUCACAAAACUUCACUGAGUCCCUGCAAGCGGCAGAGGCUGGAUGAAGGAUAUGAAACGGAGUCUUCUGACUCGGUGGAGGAAAUGCUGAGGGACAUCAGCACACGCUGCAAUGCCGUCCUGCACAGCACAGCUGUUGGGACAAGGGUACGGACCGAACCGGAGACCGUUCGCAUGUUCGGGGCGUUCUCGGGCCUGCAGACCGUCGUUUCCAAAGAAGGCUUGAGCGCGAGGACCGACGGAGCGCAGGCAGAGGACAGCGUCACGUCUUUCAGAACUUCUGUUAGAGAGCACUGUACCAUAAGGACUCAGGUGUUUCCUCACGGACGCGCCUUCACCUCGAGGACUCAGGAAGGCGGAUAUCGCUUCCGCUGGGUUCCCAACCACAGCUGAAACCAGGGGUUAACAGAGGCUAAAUCAGAUCCAUCAUACGCUUCCAACUAGUGAUCUGAAGUCUACAGUCAAGACUGGGAGGAAGUGUGUGUGGGCAGCGACUGUUAAUGCGUAACUUAUAAUCUAUGGUGAUAUCUGUAAAUGAUUAAAUUAUAUCUUCCUCAGGUAGCCGCUAAGCUAAGUGGAGGUGCCCUAACAAAGGAAAUAAUAUACUGCCCGAAGCUGUUGUUUACAUUGUGUUUCUGUUUACAGACCCCAAUGUCAUGUUUAGUUUUGCACCUCACUCGUUUUUCUCGACAAAAUGGAAAUGAUCUUCACGAGAUUGUGAAUAAAAGUUAUGGUUUUAUUAAACUGACUCUGAAGAGAUUAUUGUUGAAAAAGAUCGCUUUCGGUGCGAUAUUCAAAUAUUUUUCCUUGUUUGAGCAGUGAAACAAAUGUGACCCUGUGACCCUCUUCAAGAAACAGGUACUUCCUUCCCUUUGUCCGUCUGUGUGACAGUGUGGUCCGAGCAGGGGGAGUCGUGAUGUAUUGCAGUCAACAUCCUUGUUUAUAUCCUUCUUUUUUUGGGAAAAUUGAA